CACCUUCUCUCGUCUUUGCCGUCCAUCGAAGUGCCCUUCUUUACUCUUCUUCAGUUUAUUAAAAGGUCAACACGCCAAAACCCUCAAAACAUACAUAAAUAUUUCUUUUUCAGCACAAAUAUAUAAAUAAAAAUAAAAAUAAAAAUACAAUACAACAUGGCCCUUUUGACUCCAUCAAUUGUUAGUUCACACUGAAGGCUGUUUUUCAGUUAAAGGCUUAAAGCAUCAAUCAACCUGUCUGUACUUUGCUAGAUUUAAGCUGUUUUAUGUUGCAAAAUAUCAUUUUUCUUUCUACCUAAAAAAUAUAUUCUUUGAAACCCCUUUUUCUUCUUAUUUAGCUUCUUCUUGUUCAUUACUGAUCUGGGGUUUUCUUUUUUCUCAGUCUUGAAGCUUUCUUGAUUACAAAAAGGUGACAUCUUUACCCUUUUUGUGUUGUUUCUUUUGAUGGGUUUUUGAUAUUUUGUGUUUCUUGGUGAAAAAAGUUGAUGUUUUUAGCUCUUUUUUCUGUCUUGGAGCUCUUUUGAUUCAAAAAAGGUGACGUUUUUACCCUUCUUGGUGAAAAAAGUUGAUGUUUUUAGCUCUUUUUUCUGUCUUGGAGCUCUUUUGAUUCAAAAAAGGUGACGUUUUUACCCUUCUUGUGUUGUUCUUUUGGUGGGUUUUUGAUAUUUUGUGGUUCUUGGUGAAAAAAGUUGAUGUUUUUAGUUAUUUUGGGGAUUUAAUGAUGAAGAAUCUUGGGGGUUUUGAUUGAUAGUGAAAAGUUUAGUUAUAUUUAUCUUUUCUUUUUUUCAGUCUUGGAGCUUUUUUGAUUAAAAAGGUGACAAUUUUACCCUUUUUGUGUCGUUUCUUUUGAUGGAUUUUUGAUAUUUUGUUGGUUCUUGGUGAAAAAAGUUGAUAUUUUUAGUUCUUUGUGUUCUUUUGGGAUUUGAAUGAUGAAGGAAUCUUGGGGUUUUGGAUUGUUAAUGAAGAGUUUAUUUAUAUUGGUAUUGGCAGUUUUGUGUGUUUUUGGAUUUGAUCCUAAAGAUAAUUUCUUAAUUGAUUGUGGAUCAUCUAAAGAUACUGAUGUUGGUAAUAGGGUUUUUACAUCUGAUAAAUCAGCUUCAAAAUAUCUUUCAACUUCACAAGAUAUAUUAGCUGAUACCCCUUCAAAUUCAAUUACAAAAUCUGAUGAUUCACCCCUUUAUCAAACUGCUAGAAUUUUCACUCAACAAUCCACCUAUAAAUUCCCAAUUGGCCAAACAGGAAGACAUUGGAUUCGCCUUUAUUUUUACCCUUUUGUUUACCAUGAAUAUGAUAUGAGUGUAGCAAGUUUCUCCGUUUCCACUCAACAAAAUGUUCUUCUUGGUAAUUUCUCUCCCAAAAAUGUUUCUGUCAAGGAAUUCUCCGUAAACGUUACCUCGAAAGACCUUGUGAUCAUAUUCUCUCCUAAGAGCUAUUCAUUUGCCUAUAUAAAUGCUUUGGAAAUUGUAUCUGUACCUGAUGUCCUUAUUACUGAUGAUGCCUCGACGAUCAGUCCAGCUGGCACGUUCAGCGGUAUGUAUGCACAAGCUCUCGAAACGGUUGCUAGGGUAAACAUGGGCGGAUCACUUGUGUCGUUUGAAAAUGAUACACUAUGGAGAACUUGGUUUCCUGAUCGAAGUUUCUUGGCUCAGCCGAGUUCUGCUAAGUCAGUAAAUAAGAUCGGAUCAGUAAAAUAUCCGAAGGACGGAGCAACAGUAGAUUUUGCACCACAGACGGUUUAUGGUACUUGUAGUGAGAUGAACUUGAAUGGUACUGGUAAUGAUCCUAAUUCCAAUUUUAACGUGACAUGGACGUUCGAUGUUGAUCCGGGGUUCCAAUAUUUCAUUCGGUUACACUUCUGCGAUAUAGUGAGUACAGCUGCCAAUCAGCUGAUAUUUAACAUUUAUGUGAACUCGUGGAACGUGGCUCCUGAUUUUGAUCCUGGUCAGAAAGCUUCGGGUUUUUUGGCUACGGCUUAUUACAAUGAUUAUGUUACUCCACCCGCUAAAAGUAAUAAGCUUAAAGUUAGUGUUGGCCCGUCUGCCACGAGUGCUUAUCCUGACGCCUUUCUAAAUGGACUCGAACUUCUGAAGUUGAAUAAUUCUCAGGGCAGCCUUAGUCAGGUGGGGUCCAUUCCUACCAACCCAAGUUCAAAGUCAAAGAAGAAUAUCGGAGUUAUCGUGGGUGUGAUUGUAGGUGUACUAGUUGUUUUGGUGAUGGUUGGGGUCCUAGUUUGCAAGCAUAGAAGAAGAAAAAAACAGGAACAACUUGCCCAGUCAAAAAUAUGGAUUCCGUUAUCUGUUGGUGGCAAUUCACACACCAUGGGAAGCAAGUAUUCAAACGGAACAACCAUAAGUGCUGCUUCGAACAUGAGUUAUCGUGUUCCGUUUGCAGCCUUGCUGGAAGCAACCAGCAACUUCGACGAGAGUUUGGUCAUUGGAAUAGGUGGCUUUGGGAAGGUAUAUCGGGGUGUUUUGUAUGAUGGAACAAAAGUGGCUGUGAAAAGGGGUAAUCCUAAGUCCCAACAAGGUUUUGCAGAGUUCAGAACGGAAAUCGAGAUGCUUUCUCAGUUCCGCCAUCGACAUCUGGUUUCAUUGAUGGGAUACUGUGAUGAAAAAAAUGAGAUGAUUCUAGUUUAUGAGUACAUGGAGAACGGGACCCUCAAGAGCCAUUUGUAUGGUUCAGAUCUACCGAGUAUGAGCUGGAAACAGAGAAUGGAGAUAUGCAUCGGGUCGGCUAGAGGUCUACACUACCUUCAUACUGGCUAUGCUAAAGCAGUUAUACAUCGUGAUGUCAAGUCCGCAAACAUAUUGCUUGAUGAGAGUUUUAUGGCAAAAGUUGCUGAUUUUGGACUAUCCAAAACGGGGCCCGAGCUUGAUCAGACUCAUGUUAGCACAGCUGUGAAAGGAAGUUUCGGAUACCUGGAUCCUGAGUAUUUUAGAAGGCAACAACUGACAGAAAAAUCUGAUGUUUAUUCUUUCGGUGUUGUUUUAUUCGAAGUUCUUUGUGCUAGGCCUGUGAUAGAUCCGUCUCUUCCCAGAGAGAUGGUUAACUUAGCUGAAUGGGCAAUGAAGUGGCAGAAGAAAGGACAACUGGAGCAAAUAAUAGAUCCGAAUCUUGUGGGCAAAAUAAGACCAGAUUCACUCAGGAAGUUUGGAGAAACAGCAGAGAAAUGCUUAGCUGAUUUUGGUGUAGACAGGCCAUCAAUGGGCGAUGUGUUGUGGAAUCUGGAAUACGCACUUCAACUUCAAGAGGCUGUCAUUCAAGAUGAUCCUGAAGAAAACAGCACUCUCCUUAUUGGCGAGCUCUCUCCGCAAGUCAACCAUUUCAGUCAAGUUGAUGUUGGUGCUUCUCCUGCUCAUAUCGGAACACCAAAUCUGGAUGAUCUCUCUGGUGCUUCCAUGAGUAAGGUUUUCUCGCAAUUGGUCAAGUCUGAGGGUAGAUAAUUAAGUGAAAAUGGUACAUACUGUGUUUAGGUGUUUGUUAAUUCCACUUCUGUUCAUUGAUCAUAUGAAGAUUGAGUUUUUUCCUUUGUAACAGUUUAUUCUACGAAUUUCAGAGUUUUAAAUAGAAAGUUAAUGUUGAAAAUUUGCAUCGUUCUA